CAGGCAGCCAUGACUGCCCAAUACCCACACACAGCUUACCCCAGGCUGUCUACCCCGACUUCAGUCACAAAAACCCGCAGUGAGUGAACAGUCAAGUGCACGAGACUCUGCCUAGCUCAGCCGAUUUAUUAACAGCUUAGUUAAUUAGGAGGACUUAUCGUACGACAAGCCUAUGUGUAGUGAAGUGCUCUAACACUCGAUAAUACAUUACAACGCGAAUUAGAUAACAUUUCACGGCAGUAAAUGGCUCCUUGGCUGUAAAUAAGGCGGUGGCAGAGUGUGGCUCAGAAGCAAGCAGCUCAGAUGUCCCAAGACUCCCUCACUCCACUACUGUGCCCUUGUGUACCUCUCUCCCGCCUCUCGAGCACUGAGACUAGUCUUAGGCUAGGUGGGACCUGGAGCUGCAGUCUAUCCCUCACCAUCGUCCCAGUAAUACCUCCAGCACACCCCACUAACACAGCUGGCAAGUCGACAUUUCUACGUGUAUAUAAACACAGGGAAGUGGAGCACAGAUCCAAUUCCUUUGAUCAAGAGCCCCUCACCAAGGAACCUCCCUUGAGAGGGAAGUUUGCAUCCUGAAAUUUCGUUCGUAUCCAGAAGCAAAAAAUCGAUCGAGUGACUGUUCGUAUCCUGAAAAAUUCGCAUGGUGGGGCAUUCGUAAACCGAAGUCCCACUGUACAAGUGUUAACCAGCGCAGCGGAAGUAACUACUGCCAAGAUAACUAUUGUGAUACUGUCAACAUGUCCAGGACAAAUACCGAGAAGGAACAACAACAGCAACAACAGUCAUGGAUGACGGCGGUGUAUGCUGUGUUAUCACUAUCGUUGUUCCUGGUGAUGUUUGGGUUUGUCCUGGUAUUGGAUAAUGUUACCCCUGGCAUCUCUUACACCUGUGUUAUCCUAGGAGGCAGUAUGAUGUUGAUGUGUGUGGUUUUGUCGGUGGUGAAGCAGCUGGGAGGAAGGAAAAGAGGCCUCUUGGUCCUCCACCAACCUACAGAGAUUCCUGGGCCUACGACUACCAUACCUCCAGAGUGUUGGGUGAGCAUCAUCCAUCUUUCUACAACCAGGAGAGUGAGCCGGUCAUCCUCUCUAUCCCUAGGCUCUAUUCUCCCUCAUCCUCACCAUCCACCACCACCACCACCACCACCACCACCGCCAGCAGCAGCGCCACACUACCAGCAACACACACAACAACCACUUCCGGGGCCAGAUAUCAUCCUCCCAUCUCUGUUACUUCCGGUCAACGUGUUCCGGCACAUUUCUACUUGCGUUUCAUGCGGUAGAUGCGCCGGAGGCUCCUCUAGCGUAGAACUGAACCUCACUACUACAAGCCAAGUAAACAUAUUAAAAAGGGUACCAGACCAGUGUGUAGGUGUUUUGUAUAUUGGAGUACUUGUGUGUGAUAGUACUCUCAAGACAUGAGUACUUAUACUAGUAUGUGCUUGUAGCGUCGAAAGUGAGGUCAUGUACUCACCUUAUUGUACUCACCUAAUUGUGGUUGCAGAGGUCGAUACUCAGCUCCUGGCCCCGCCUCUUAACUGGUCGCUACUAGGUCCUCUCUCUCCUUGCUCCAUGAGCUUUAUCAUACCUCGUCUUACAGCUAUGUAUGGUUCCUGCCUCCACUACAUCACUAUCACUGGACUAUUCCACUUCCUGACAACUCUAUGAGUGAAGAAAUAUUUCCUAACAUCCCUUUGACUCAUCUGAGUCUUCAACUUCCAAUUGUGACCCCCUGUUUCUGUGUCCCAUCUCUGGAACAUCCCGUCUUUGUCCACCUUGUCUAUUCCGCGCACUAUUUUAUAUGUCGUUAUCAUGUCUCCCCUGACCCUACUGUCCUGUGUGUGUGUGUGUUGUGUGUGUGUGUGUGUGUGUGUGUGUGUGUGUGUGUGUUUGAGUGUGACCUACCAUUCACCCUAAUUUCUGACACGAGUUAAAAUAUCCUCCCCAUCUAUCCAUAAUUCCCCCCUCACCCUCCACCUGGGUGACUGGUGUCACCCACGUGAGAGAAGAGCUAAACUCACAGGAGUCACGGAGCGCCCGCACUCACCCAGGCUCCUGGAACCCCCUCCCCCUUCCCCUUCCUUCCUAGAUUUUGGAAGAGGGGAGAAGGGGAGAUAGAUUCACAAUGUAGGUAAUAAUUUUGUGUCAAUUAUUAUAUUUAUUGAAGUACUGAGGUGACUUAUCCUCAAGAACAAAUUAUUAUUUAUAUAACUUUUAAGUUUGUGAUAUUAGUUAAUAAAUUAACUCAAUUGUCUUAUGUAAAUAAGUCAGA